CAAAAUUAACAUAUAAGUUUAAGGUCCUUUAAUGUUCUCCAGUAUAUGGAGCGCACCUGGAUCCGGGGAUCAUUGUGGCAGUCUGAGCAUAAGAGUGUGCAUCAACUGACUGUGCAAACGAACAACACCAUGGAUAAGAAGAUUACAAACUUAGCAGAGGAAAAUAAAACACAAGAACUGAUAGAAUGUUUGGAAAGAAUUCCAAAUCAAGAGCUGGGUCAGAUGAUUGAACAGAAAGUGAUCAAGGGCAGAAACGAUACCUUCACACUUGUCAGAGCCAUUCUGCUUGGCUCUCCACCAGAAAAUUCUUCAAGCGUUGAACGACGGUGUCAUGUUUACAAACAGUGCAUAUCAGCGCUUCAGAAAUAUGAAGUGAACAACAAAAUGGCAUCGGAACUUGUUGGACUCCUGAUGCUUGAGGCUGACACACUUCCAGGCACAACACUGGCUGAACUAGCUGGUAUCUACUUGGACAACAUCAAGUCAGAUGUUACUCUCUCUACCAAGUCUCUUGAGCUGUUUCCAAAGAUCUUGUCGGCCAUAUCUGCCCAGGAAAACAUCCACUAUGCUGGGAACCACAUGAAGGGGACCGACUACAAGGGCCGCGUCUUGAAUAGCAUGUGUUCCUGCAGAUGGGAUCCAAAAAGUGUCAUCAACCUGGCAGCCAUGUUCAAGGAUGUCCCGCUAUCUAACGAGGAACUGAAAUUUGUCAUUGAGAAAAUUCUCCGCAUGUUCGGUGAACUGGACAUGUCUGACAUACCAGCACUGGUCUAUCAGCUACUUUUGCUGUGUACUAAGGGCCACAAGAAGCUGGUGUUAGAAGGAAUCAUCAAAUUCUUCUCGGAGCAGGACAGCAAACAGAAACCAGCAGAUGAAAUGGAAUGCAGUGAAGACGUACUAGAAAUGAGCAGUGACAAUGUGGAGUCCCUGCGUAUGACUGAAGGCACCGUGAUCCUGCACAUUAGCCUGGCUGUGAAGGAACAUCAGGAGCUGGGCAGGGAAUUCAUCAAAUGUCUCAAGGGUUACCAGAACUGCGGUGUAGCAAAGAUCCUGUCUCCAUUCAGCUUAGCUAUGACCCUGUCUCUAGCCAGAAUCAACCGCUUUGAGGAUCAGAUCUAUGAGUUCUUGAAGUCGAGCAUCUUGAAGAGCUUCAAGGAUGCUGAGAAGCAGUCCACCUCUUUUUGGGUGAAGGAAAUAGUACCAGAGACCAGUCUAGUGGAGGAAUACAUCCUGCAGACCGUGAAAAACAGCACAUUUGGGUGGGACCAUGUGAUCCAGGGGUUGGUACAGCUGGGCUUCAUACUCAUGGACUCGUUCGGGCCGAAGGCUGCAUUUGGACGUCUGGACCUGGUCCCCACCCUUUUGUCAGGCCCCUCCCAUGAGGCUUGUCAACUUGGGGCCAAGAUCCUGCUGAAAACAUUUAAGGCCCAUGAGAUGGUAAGGAGUGAAAUCCUGGAUCAGAUUUUCAACCGUGUCAUCACCAAGGCAACCACACCUGUCAACCACUUUCUGGGUUUAUUGGGCGACAUAGUUGUUGCCUCCCCUUCCAUGUUGCUAGACAACACGGCCAAGAUCCGUGAGAUGUUUGACUACCUGUCCAUGCUCUCCCCUGGGUCGGCUGAGGGGCUGCUAGGGGCCGUUCAGCCCCUUCUGAAGCUGAGCAUGAGCCUCAAGGAUGCCCUCAUGCUUGUUCUCAGGAAGGCCAUGUUUGCCAGACAGCUAGAAUCUCGUAAGAUCGGGGCAGGGGGCUUUUUGAUGAUCCUGAAGCAUUUCCGUGUCCUGGGGGGCCUGCGCUCCAGCCAGGCUAGCCAGCCGUCUUUCUCUGCCAGUCAGGUUGAGGUGGAUGUCCACCACCGCGUUAACCCGUCCAGCAACGAGGCCCUCUGUCUGGAGAUCCUAGGCAACCUGAGAAGAUGUCUCUCACAACAGGCCGAUGUCAGGCUACUCCUGUAUCAGGGGCUCACCGACGUCCUUGACAGGAACACCCAGCUUAGAGAGCCCAUUCUCUCAAUGCUGCUUGUCCAGCUACGGCAGUUCUACGAGGGUAACACGGAGGUGCUGCCCCCUAUCAGACUGGAGCCAUGCAUCGUGGCACAGGGGGACCAGGUGUUCUUGGCCGAACCUCUUGCUCAUCUGGUCUGCUGUAUUCAGCAAUGCCUGGUCAAGUCUGCGGAGAUUCUCCGUAAGUCUUGCAGUGGGAAUGACAAUGAGAGCAUUGCUGAUGAGGAGGAGGAAGAGGAGGGUGAGGAAUGUGAGGUACAGAAGGAGCUGGAGGGGAUGAUGAACUCAGUUGUGGAGCGUAUGAUCACUGCAGAGAUGGAGGACUUUGAACUGGACAAAUCUGCUGACUACUCUCUGGCCAAUAGUGUGGGAAUUCGUAACAACAUCUUCGCCAUUCUGGUACUGGGCACCUACGAGUCUUUAAUGGAGUACACUUUCCUGUCGGGAAAACUCAAUGAAUCCAGGACGAGGCAGCUUCUUCAGCUGUUCGAGAACUACAAGAAACUGAGUGACGUUUUGCGCGAGAGGGCGAGUGCUGCUGCUGGGAAGAAAGGCAAGACUGCAGUGAAACCUCCUCAGAGUCUGCUGUCACUCAAGGUCGUCACUGCCAUGCUGGAUGUAAUGCUGAGCAAGGACCGUCAUCGAGACGACGUUCGUGAGAGUCUACGUAUGAAGGAUGAGUUUCUCAAGUACCUGCUCACGGUCACCUUUCAGAAACUGGGUCAGAUCCAGGACAGGGGCCAGUGUGAGGGGCUGGAGGGGAAGAGUAAACCAAGGAUCUUUGAACACCUGUGUCACAUUGCCAGGUUGUUAUUAGGCUACUAUGUGGAAAAUCAAAAGCUGGAAGGUGAACAGAGGGUAAGAGAAAAACAGCUUCUGACCUUGACCUUGGAAAGCCUAGCAACAACCUUUAGCAUAGCAACGCAACAGUUUGCCAAAGACUUGAAGAUGUUCCUAGACGGUCUAGAGGUGGAAGGAUGUGAGAAAGCUCAAACCUUGGAUGCUGAAAUUUACUUCCAUGUGAAAUUCAUUCAGCGAUUGGUUAUGGACAUGUUUUCGGCGGAUGAAGAUCACCAGUGCCUGAAGGCAGUCGGCCUCCUGUUGAGCGUGAUUGUACAGCUCAGUAAAACCCUGGGCCCUGAGUUCACGGACUGUGACCAGAUACUGGCCUGGUUUUACAAGCUUGCUCAGGAACAGACUAUCGAUGACCUGUCCCUUGUGAAGUCCCUACUGUCCUCUCUGAUGCUGCUGGGACAGAAAUGGCAGGGUGCUGUCGUGAUUCUAAGGGACCUGGCCCAGGAUAUCCACUGUCAGAUAGGGGACAUUGACUCUGAGAUUGAACUGGACAGUCCAACCAACUUUGCCAUAGUAACGGCGCGCUCCGCUGCCCCCACAGUCUUGCAGCUCGUGCUUGCUCAGUGUGAGAGGGAGCUUGACGACACAGACUGGGUCAUCACGAGGGGGAAAGCUGACCAUGCUGCAACAUGUGGGGACCUGACUGGAGAUGCAUCUCAGCUGACCCAGCGGGAAGGCAAUGAGAAGUCUAUCUGCAUGCGAUUGGGCAUGUUGGUGAACACGUUUCAUGAGCUCGUCCAGACGGCCCUGCCCCAGGGGCCGUGCAGUGAGCAGCUCAUGAAGGUUCUCAUCAGGGUCUAUGGAAGUCUUGCAAGUCUUGUGAAAUAUUACCUGUGGAUGUAUGGGCAAUCCUCUGGCCACAUGUCUGCAAGAUUUGAGAAGUUGGUGAAGCUAUCUGGAACAAACCUUACGCAGCAUUGUUACGCCUUCAUCACCUAUAUACAGACAGUGGAGAAUGAGAAGGUACAGCAGGCAGCCCCUGACAAGGGAAAGAAGAAAAAGGAUGACAAGAAGGGGACAGGAAAUGCUCAGAAGGCGAGUGUGAUGAAACAAACGAGGACAAUACCCAACUUGAUUUAUGCCAUCGAGCAGUAUGAACGUUAUCUCAUUCAACUCACCAAGAAAUCAAAGGUGAACCUGAUGGAGCAUAUGAAGCACAGCACGUCCCGGGACUUCCGGAUCAACGCCAAUAUCCUGGCACAGGCUGACGACAGCUCUGGGAAUGAGGUCAGCUCAGAGGAUGACGCCAACCAGACAGGAGCGGAUAACACACAAAAUAAUGAGGAGCCUGAGACCACAGUAGUCUCGGACCAGUCUGACAGUGACCAGGAGAACAACCAGUCAGCAGCCAAUGUUUCCACGACAACCCAGGAACCAGUCAAGAAGAAAUCGAAACUCGGUGGCCGUGGAAAAGUGGGGAAAACAAAGACCUGAUGAUUUUAUGUUUUAGCACUAUAAAUGUGCAUCGUGUUUUUCCCUUUGUUAGAUGAACCAAUCGGCUUAACAUUUCAGACCAUUUGUAUUAAAUGGAAAAAUGUUAAAGCAAAAGUCACAUGUAUUAAAAGGACUAUAGUUAUCUGUUAAGUUUUAGUUUUUAUGCACCGCUUCAAAGAAAAGGGUGUAUAUUGUUUUGCGGGAUGUAAGUCUACCGACAAGUUCGUUUUCAAACAAUAAUUGACUGAUCAGCUUGAUACUUCCCAUGUGCAUUGGCCUUGGACAGUAGAUGAUUCCUAUUGAAAUUGUGGUCAUUAGGUCAAAGGUCCCUGUCACAAUAAGUGUGAAAAUUGUUUCUGAUCAAUAACACGUCAAUGAAUUGACCGAUUGGCUUGAUACUUCACAUGUGGAUUGGCCUAGGACAAUACAUUACCCCUAUUGAAAUUGGGGUCACAAGUUCAAAGUCCUGUAUGGGUGGGCAUAUUUCUCUGAAUGUGGAACUCUUUGACUUUGUUUUAAUCUUGUUACAGCUUUUAAUACCAUAUUCAUUGAUAACUUUCUCUGCAAAUAAAGAAAUGUCAGAUUUUUACUCUGUAAGCAAAAUGUCUUUGAUUAAGCACUAAUCUUCAUAUCAUUUUAAAGUCUGACUUAUAAAUAUUCAAUUUGUAUUAAUGGUAGGGUACAUGAGCCUCAUGGCCCUAUUAUAUCAUCAACCAAUAAAGGACCAUCAUGGCCCUCGUGUUAACUUUAUACACAGAAUUGUAACAUCAAUCGGAACCGGGAAGUAUUUGAUUUCCUAAACAUAAUCAAAAACUUUAAUUUAUGAAAAAUCAUAUCCAAAUUAUGACUUUAAGCCCAUAUGAUAAAAUAGAAUCUGGUAGACAUAUAAUUAUUUCUAAAAACGAAUGUAAAUGUGGUAUAUGUAGCUAAUAUUGUAAUUGUAAGACCUCUUUAUACAGGAAAAUGUGUAUCAACACAUUCUAUUAUAACUAACCUAGUAUGCAUAGAUUUAUACAUUUGUUAACAAAUUCUAAUACUAAAGACGUUCUAACUAAACUCGAGAUAUAUUGUAAAAAUGCUUUUAAAAUGAGAACUGAGGCAUUGAAUGCAAUCGUGGAGAAAUAUAACGGCUUCAAUGCAUUUGAACACCUUGUUAUAUACUAUUUUGGUCACUUUUUCGAAUUACUACGCAUGUGCUUAUUGCUUAUAUAUUGUAAGUUUUAUAUAUACAGUAUAUAUUGUAUAACAAUGAACUUGGCUUGUUGUCCCCUACCGGUUUUACCGGAGGGGACUUAUGGUUUGCGCUUUGUGCGUCUGCGAGUCUGUCUGUCUGUCACACAUAUCUGGAUCUUGCGAUAACUUUAAAAGUUUUUAAUAUUUUUUCAUGAAACUUGCAACAUUGAUAGAUGGCAAUAUGGACAUUAUGAACCUCAUUUCAUUUUGUUCCUACGUCAAAAAUUGUGGUUGCCAUGGCAACCCAAAAAUAAUUAUGAAAAUGGUGAAAUUUCUGACAAUGGUGGAGCGGGUAGGGGACCAUAUUGCUUGACAAUAGCCUUGUUCAAGUUAUAUUAAUGAAUGUUCUGUUCUGUAAAAAUUGUGUUUGUACAGGAAGCUGUUACUGCAUGUCUGUUAAUGUAGACCUGUUUAAAAUGUAUGUUCACUUUAUAUACAUGUAAAACUAUAAUAAACAGUUAAAUAAUU